AUGAGUGCAUCUCGCACAACCCAAUGUCUGCUCACAUUAUCGACAAAGCCGGAGAUAGCAUGUCUCGUCCGAGUCUUUUCUCUUCGUCUGUCUUCCUCUCGCAUACUCCAUGAAUCUCCCAACAUUCUCGCUCAUGCAUUGGGUAACAUGACCAACUUAAUUUCUCUUUCUCUCCAUUUGGCUGUAUUCGCCACAUCUGCUAUCCUCAGCCAAGCCACCUUUCGGCUUACAAAACUCGUUUGUAUUAUGACUUCUGAUGAAGCAUAUUCUAUAUCGACGUUCCUAUCAACCCAACCGGAUAUCGAAGAAUUGUACAUCGUCGGCCAGCCGAAUGGGUUAACUGACCUCGACAUAGAUGCGCUUCCCGCGCUACGGGAUCUGGCUGCACCUUUACGACUAAUACCCAGUCUAAUACGCUCUAGCGGUUCUAAAAUUUCUCAUCUCUCCAUCCUCGGAACAAUAGCUGAAUUCGAAGAAUUUGUACAACUUGGCACAAUCCUUGAAGCAAUCCAAGCACCAGGACGGGUCGAGCUGGUCAUGAGUGUCGAUAUCACAGCUUUUCUCAUGACGACCGAUAUACUCGCGAAGGGGCUGAGCCUACUUGGUCAAAGAGCUCCAUUUACUAUUAGCCUGCUAAGGUUAGAACUUCACCGAGGGCAUAUUAGACAGGACGAUCUGCGAGACGUACUUAAAUCUGCCCUUCCCGAGUUCCCAAAUCUUAAAACGCUAGUCAUAAUGUCCCAUUCACCAGUUCGAGGCGCAUACAUCCGUACACCAACGCAAGCACUGUCCUAUUCACCACCAAUCUGUAGCAUACCAAUCGGCGCCCUCUCCACCCUCGCGCCUCUCCACCCGUCAUCUCGACUUGAAUAUGAUGAAGCACGGGGCUGGAUUAGUCUGAUACCUGGUGUGCUUCAUGACAAGUCGUGUCAUAAGAAAUUGCUAGGCACAUGGCAUCGCGUUCAUCCUGUGCUAGAACGCGUUGUGUUUCCAAUUGGCACCUACACAUUUGUGCACAAGAAGCGGUAG